AAAAGUGAGAUGAAUCCGGGGACAAAAGCAGAAGAAUCUUUUUGAAGGGGACUAUCAAAUGUGCCACUGUUGAGAGGGAAGAACCCAAGUUCCACCUUUUACCCCCAAUCUUUUCUCCGAUUUCGAUGAAAUGUUGUCUCAAAAAUCCUCUUUUUCCCUCCCCAAUUCGAAAAUCAUCUCCUCCAAACCCUAAUUUCUACUAAAUGUACAUUUGUACUUUAUAGCUUUACACGAAUCUGUCAGAUCUGUGGCAUUUACAUUUACUCAUUCUUUUGAUUUUCCGAAGUUUUUCUGCAACUCAUUGGAGCCGCAGCAGCAAGAAAAUGUCUGCAAAUCGCAGUGGUAGUUAUAGUGGCGGCCUUGUUGAUCCCAGUAAUCUGCAUCUGAAGAAGGAGUUAACUCAGAUUAGGAAAGCUGCUCGUGCUUUACGAGAUCCUGGUACGACUUCCUCAUGGCGGUCUCCCCUCAGUUCAUCUAGAUCCACCACCGCCGUUGCUGUAGCAGCAGCAGCGGCCGCUUCUUCUUCCGUCACCAAUGCCCCAAGCAACCAUUAUAAUCACCAUUAUAGGAACAACACUAGUUACAGUAUAGAAGAAACCGAUGAGAAUAAUGUUAACGACAUCAGCAACAGCAUCAACAACAAUGUUAGUGGUAGCAGUAAUAAUAAUAAUAAUAAAAAUAGGAGGAAUGAGAAGAAGGUGUUUUUGUAUAAUUGGAAAACGCAGAGAUCGGAGAGUGAGAGGAGCGCUUCCGUGACGGGGCAAACAGAUGACACUACCAGAAGGCCAAUACACCAACAAAGAGGAAAUGUUGAUGACGGAAUCGGUGAUUGUGAUGAGAGUGUCGAUGACAGCUUGAGCGAUGCCCGAAAUGAUGGAGAUUUGAAGAGUGUUGCUGCUGAUGAUCACAGGUACGCAUUGUCAUCUUCAAAGAUGUUCAAUAAUUGCAAAGAUGCAACUAGUCUCACAACACCACCUGUUAGGAGGGCAUCAUUGAUGAAGAAGAAGCCAAAGAAAACAUCACAUGCGUCUGCUGCUUUAAAACUUCAACUGCAGAGACAGCUAAGCCUAGUUGACCAAUAUGAUGAUGUUAAUUCGGAUGAUAUAGUUGUUAAAGGGUCCUCAGUGACAUCACCAUUGUUGUCAAGGCUCAAAUCUUCAAAAUUGUUGAGAGGUGGUAGUAGGAAAGACGAUUCAUCUUACUGUUAUAGCACCCCAGCUUUAUCCACAAGUUCUUUCAACAAGUAUUGCAUUAGGAAUCCAAGCACAGUUGGAUCAUGGGAUGCAACAACUGAUGGAGAUGAAGGAUUAGGUUAUGACUAUGAUGAUGAUGAUGAAGAUGAUCAGUUGGAUCUACCAGGUCGCCAUGGAUGUGGGAUUCCUUGUUACUGGUCUUCCUCCAAGAGAAGUACCCCAAAACGUGGUGGGGUUUGUGGUAGCUGUUACUCACCUUCAUUUUCAGAUACAUUGAGAAGAAAAGGAAGCAGCAUGUUGUGUGGUAGCCAAACCAUGUACCAUAGGCGAUCAUCAAUAGGUGCUUACAACAAGAAGAGACAUGUCCACAAAUCUUCCCAAGGUCUUGUUCCAUUGCUAACAAAUGGUGCAGAAAGCAGAGAUCGUUCAUCUAUUGGGACAGAUGACGAGCUUUCAACUAACUAUGGAGAGCUUGAUUUGGAAGCUUUGAGUCGAUUAGAUGGAAGGAGGUGGUCAACAAGCUACAGAAGUCAAGAAGGUUUGGAGCUUGUAGCUGUAAAUGGAGAAAGAGAAGGUGAUUCUCCUUCAUCUCUUGAUAAUAUCAACUGCUACAGCCACAAGUAUAAGCCAAUGUUCUUUGAGGAUUUGGUUGGGCAGAAUGUUGUAGUCCAAUCACUUGUGAAUGCUAUCAUGAAAGGAAGAAUUGCUCCAAUUUAUCUUUUCCAAGGUCCACGUGGCACUGGGAAAACAUCAACUGCAAGAAUCUUUGCUGCAGCCUUGAAUUGCCUUGCUACUGGAGAUACAAGACCUUGUGGGAUUUGCAGGGAAUGUGCUGAGUUUAUUUCAGGGAAGAGCCACGUCAUCACUGAAAUGGAUGGAUCCAAUAAGAAAGGGAUUGAUAAAGUUAGAUAUUUGAUGAAGAAACUUCAAAUGAAUGUGGGUCUUUCUACAUCAACCUUUACAAGGCAUGAGGUUUAUGUUAUUGAUGAGUGUCACUUGUUACCUUCUAAAUUAUGGUUGGCUUUCCAGAAGUUUCUAGAAGAACCACCUCCAAGUGUGGUGUUUAUCUUUAUAACUACUGAUCUUGACAAUGUGCCACGUGCUGUUUUGUCAAGAUGCCAAAAGUAUCUUUUUAGCAAAAUUAAAGAUAGCGACAUAGUUAACAGAUUGAGGAAAAUCUCAGUGGAUGAGAAUUUGGAUGUGGAAGAGGAUGCAUUGGAUUUGAUUGCAUUGAAUGUAGAAGGGUCAUUGCGAGAUGCUGAAACUAUGUUGGAUCAGUUAAGUUUAUUAGGAAAGAGAAUCACCACUGAUUUGGUGAAUGAACUUGUAGGAGUUGUCUCUGAUGAGAAGUUAUUGGAACUUCUGGAGUUAGCAAUGUCAUCAAACACAGCUGAAACUGUGAAAAGAGCUAGAGAACUAAUGGAAUUGGGAGUUGACCCUAUGGUCCUCAUGUCUCAAAUGGCUACACUUAUUAUGGACAUUAUUGCUGGAACAUAUCAAGUAAUUGAAGCUAGUGCUGACUCAUUGUUUGAUGGUAGAAGCUUGACAGAAGCAGAAAUUGAAAGAUUAAAGCAUGCAUUAAAACUUCUUUCUGAGUCUGAAAAACAAUUAAGACUUUCAAGUGAAAGGUCAACAUGGUUCACAGCAACCUUAUUACAGCUAGGCUCAGUCCCAUCAGCGGACCCCACUCCUUCCGGAAGCAGUAGAAGACAAAGCUCAAGGACUACCGAAGAUGAUCCAUGUGCUACUUUCCGAGAUAUAUAUUUUCAAAAACAAAGGCAAGAUUCCCAAUAUACCCCUCAAAAAUCUACCCCUAUGUACCCCCCUAAGCCUAUCCGCCAAAAUUCAACUAGCCCAAAAGAUACCCUUCUAUCAAUGAGGCAGCUCAUGAAUGGGGAUGCAAUUGCAGCAUCAUCUGUCCCACAUGAUGAUGAUGAUGAUGAUGAUGUCAUAAUUGGAAAUAAUGUAUCGAAACGUAGUAAUUCAAAUAUAUUGGAUGAUAUUUGGGCACGUUGCAUUGAAAAGUGCCAUUCCAAGACUCUGAGGCAACUGCUUCAUACUUAUGGGAAUCUGGUGUCGAUUUCUGAAGAUAAAGGAAUUCUUGUUGCUUAUAUUGUGUUUCGGGAUAAAGAUAUAAAAAGUAGAGCUGAAAGGUUUCUUAGUAGCAUCACAAACUCAUUUGAAAUGGUUCUCCACCGCAACAUAGAAGUCAGAAUCAUAUUACUUUCAGAUGACGGGCCCACACCAAAACCCAAUCCGGAUUCCCUUCAAGAACCACAAAAGGGACCACGAGGAAGCUUUCAUGAUUCCGACGGAAAGAUGUCCGGAAUCAUCAAUUCCAGAGCUGCAUCCCCACUUGUUGCAAAAGGGAGAAAGCCCCCCAAAACCGGGAAUCCGGUCCAAAGAAUAGAAUCCAUCAUUCACGAACAGCGGUUAGAAACCGCGUGGUUACAAACUGCAGAAAAGGGCGGAACUCCCGGAUCGUUGAACCGGUUGAAACCGGAACGGAAUCAGGUUUUACCGCAAGAUGGCGGGGACCACCAGCGGCAGAUGGUGGCGAUGGACCCGUUGUCACAGGAGAAAUGGGAAGACGAGUUGACCCGUGAACUUAAUCUUUUGAAGAUAAAAGACGGAAAUACCCUUUCGAAGGAACAUAUUGGGCGGCAGUAUCCGAUGUCACCGAGCUUGUUGCAUGAUGGCAGUUUAGGGGGCAAGGGAUAUGAGUCUGGAUCAGGAGGUGGUGGUUGUUUCUGUUUUAACAAGAGGCGGAAUAGGAGGGGGAAGGUAAACUGUUAGAUGAAGCCCGGAACACCGGUUGGCCCACGAAGAGGAGCAAGAUUUUUAUUGUUUGGGGAGUGUGGAAAGUCAGGAAGGACAGAUCACAGAUCUAGAAGAUGACUGUUUAAAAAAGUCAAAAUUCCAAUCCAAGGUCAUAAUAUUUUCAUAAUUUAAUGCUUCUUGUAGUUUGAGGAGGAGGGAGAUACAUGUAAAGUUUUAACAACUGGGAUUUUCUGCAUUUUUCCUAUUUUUUUUUUAAAAUUUUAUUUUGUGAGAAAAAUAAAGGUGAAGACUGAAGAGGGACCAUUCUUUCUUCACUUCCCUUUCAACUUGCACUUGAUGUGGUAUGCUUAUUGGUAGUUGUUUUGAGUUAAAUGCAAUAAAAUAACAACGAACUUUUAUUGAUUUA